AUGGAAAGGGCCCAAUCCCUGGACGAGAAUGUGGGAAAUGCACCAAGGCUGAGGAGGAACAAGCUCUUGCUGGUGGUCUCUGUGAUUCAUGGGCUGGGGCUGCUGCUCUGCCUGAUCUACAUCUGCCUGCAGCUCUCUGCUUCUAAGGUCCCACCAAAGUAUCCUCCAAUUCACAGUAUCAGAGUGCAAUUUACCAAGUGUGAGAGGGAGAAUGUUUGCAUCCUCGUCCCCUCAACCAACUAUGGAAACAUGACGGUGCAAGACAACGGCAUCGACAUCAAGUGUGAUGGGUUUUAUCUCAUUUCUCUGAAGGGCCACUUCCUCCAAGAAGUGAGCCUUGGCCUUUCAUACAGAAAGAGUCGGGAUGUCCUGCUUCCCCGGACCAAAGUCAGUUCUAUUGAUGCUGUUACAGUGGCCCAUCUGGCUUUUACGGACAAAGUCUACUUGAAUGUGACCGCUGAAAAUAACUCCGGCGAUGACAUCAAGGUGAAUGGUGGGGAACUGAUUCUUGUUCAUCAAAAUCCAGGUGAAUUCUGUGGCAAGAAAGGAUCUGAAGGCCACACCUAA